UUUAACUAGAUAACAAACUUUAGGUACCUACUCUAGAGAUGUGAGCAAGCAAUAGCUAGCAUUGGUUAAAUAGAGAUUCGUGUAAACUCUAUAAAUACCGCAUUAUCAAAUUACGUUUGUCUACAAAUAUGGCAUUCAACAACAUCAUUAUUUCUGCAACAUGUCUCGUGCUCACCCUCCUCCUUCCAUUGGCCUCAUGCACCAAAAACAAACAGAUUUAUGUAGUUGAGUUUGGAGAGCACUAUAGUGAAGGAGAUAAAUUAACAUCUCAUGAAAUAGAGAAUACUCAUCAUUCUUAUCUGCUUUCGGUGAAAGGAACUGAAGAGGAAGCUCAAGCUUCCCUUCUUUAUAGCUACAAACACACUAUCAAUGGCUUUGCAGCAUUUCUUACCCCAAAAGAAGCCAAUAUCUUCUCAGAAAUGGAGGGAGUGGUCUCUGUGCGUGAGAGCCAGUCAAGGAUCUACUCUUUGCACACCACAAGGUCAUGGAAGUUUGUGGGGUUAGAUGAGAUUUUAAAUCCUUAUUGGGAAGAAAAAUCUAAUCAGACAGAUGGAGACUUGCUAGAAAAAGCAAAAUAUGGGGAAAAUAUCAUAGUAGGAAUGAUUGAUAAUGGGGUGUGGCCAGAGUCAAAGAGCUUCAGUGAUGAAGGGAUGGGGCCUGUUCCACAAAAAUGGAAAGGAGUGUGCCAAAAUGGAACUGCUUUCGGUUCAUCUCAAUGCAAUAGAAAAAUCAUUGGAGCAAGGUAUUACUUACGUGGUUAUGAAAGUGAAUUUGGCCCUCUAGAUGAAAAGGAGGAUUACAAAUCAGCUCGUGACAAAGAUGGGCAUGGAACUCAUACAGCUUCCAUAGUUGCGGGCCGUGUGGUUCCAAAAGCCUCGGCCCUUGGAGGCUUCGCGAGAGGCACAGCCUCUGGCGGAGCCCCCUUAGCCAGGCUUGCUAUAUACAAAGCAUGUUGGCCACUCAAAGGGAAAUCAAAAGAUGAAGGCAACAUAUGCACAGAUAUUGAUCUUCUUAAAGCUAUAGAUGAUGCCGUUGGCGAUGGUGUUGAUAUUUUAAGCAUUUCCAUUGGGUUCAAAACACCUCUCCCUUAUGAGGAUGAUGUCAUUGCUAAGAGCACAUUACAUGCUGUUAAGAAGAACAUUGUGGCGGUUUGCAGUGCUGGGAACUUAGGUCCAUUGCCUCAAAGGUUGUCAAACCCUGCUCCAUGGAUCAUCACUAUUGGUGCUAGUACUGUGGACCGUUCCUUCCUUGCUCCAGUUAAGCUGAGUAGUGGCACAAUCAUUGAGGGUCGAUCCAUUACUCCACUACACAUGGAAAACAGCUUCCGCCCAUUGGUUCUUGCUAGAGAUGUUGUGCAUCCAGGCGUGGCUAGUGAAGAUUCAGGAUUUUGCCUAGACAAUAGCCUUCAACCAAACAAGGUUCAAGGGAAGAUAGUUCUCUGCAUGAGAGGGAAAGGGGGCAGAGUGAAAAAAGGCUUGGAAGUUCAAAGGGCAGGUGGUGUUGGUCUCAUCCUUGGGAACAAUAAAACUUAUGGAAAUGAUGUACCCUCUGAUCCUCAUUUCAUCCCAGCCACUGCUGUGUCCUAUGAGAAUGUCUUAAAACUUAUUAACUAUGUCCAUUCCUCUCCUAAUCCAAUGGCUCAGAUUCUGCCAGGAAGAACAGUGUUAGAAUCCAAACCAGCACCCUCCAUGGCCUCCUUCUCUAGUAGAGGUCCAAAUAUAAUUGACCCUAACAUUUUGAAGCCUGAUAUUACAGCACCUGGAGUGGACAUAUUGGCAGCAUGGACCCCUAAAGAUGGCCCUACAAGAAUGACAUUUCAGGAUAAACGAGUUGUUGAAUACAAUAUCUUCUCUGGAACUUCAAUGUCUUGCCCUCAUGUUUCUGCAGCAGCAGCUCUUCUCAAAGCCAUUCACCCUACUUGGAGCAGUGCAGCUAUAAGAUCUGCACUCAUCACUACAGCCAUAGCAAUUGACAACACUGGUAAUCCAUUAACUGAUGAAACUGGAAAUCCUGCAACACCUUUUGCAAUGGGUUCUGGUCACUUCAACCCCAAAAGAGCAGCAGAUCCUGGACUUGUUUACAAUGCCUCCUACACCGACUACCUUCUAUACACUUGUAGCCUAGGAGUAACUCAAAAAUUAAAUGUUAGAUAUAAUUGUCCAAAGUCAGUUCAUGAACCUAUAGAUCUCAAUUAUCCAUCCAUACAAGUCCAUAGACUCAAUCACACUAGAACUAUUAAGAGGACAGUGACCAAUGUUGGUAGGAGCAGGAGUGUGUACAAGUUUAUUGCAAAGUCACCUGAAGAAUACUCCAUUACAGCCACUCCAAAGUUACUGAAAUUCAGUCAUGUGGGGCAGAAAAAGAACUUCAUCAUCACUGUGACAGCAAACAGGGAUAAGAUACCAAAAGCCAUGUUUGACUCUAACAAGUACUAUUUUGGAUGGUAUGCUUGGACUGGGGAAUAUAAUGUAGUAAGAAGCCCAGUGGCAGUGUCUUUUGCAUAAAAGUAACAUGUAUAAUAUCUUGUUUUAGUGUGUGUUUGGAAAACCCAUUCAGAAUCCACGUUUGGCCCCGAUCCACGUUUACAGAAGCAAGAAAUAGUUGCUUUUGGAUUUCUGGAUCCACGUUUGGCCUCUCCAGAUUUGAAACCAAACACACACUUAAUCAAUUUGCUGCAUUGAUUUUCCAUCUGUCUUUUGGUUGA